CGGCGUCCCUCGGGUUUGGCGCGCUUUCUUCCCGGGGUUCCCCCCGCCAAUCCCUCUGGAGGCGGGAGAUGCCUUCGCCGCUCGCCCGGUGCAGCGCCGGACUCCCGCCUUGGCAGAGGUGACUCCCGUUUUCCCCCGAGGGAAGAGGAGGGCUUGGCUUCGCGGGGCGGCGGGCGGGCGGGCGGGCGGGGAGACGCUUGGCUCCGGGGCCCGGGCGGACUCGGGGCGGCCAGGAGGGUCGCCUCGGAGCGGCAGCUGGUCGGCUUGAGCGGCUGCCCCUGCUGGGCACGAACGGGCAGCAAUCCCGCCGGGGAAGCCUUGUGGGAACCGGGCAAAGGCGGGCAGGAUGCUGCCUGUCGUGUGUGUCGCGUGUGCGUGUGGCUGCAGGGACUUUGCAGGUGGAGGUUUCAUAUAUAUAGGUUCACACACACAUAAGUAUAUAUUUAUAUAAGUUUCACACACGUAUAUAUUUAUGUUUCACACACACACAUAUAUUUAUAUAAGUUUCACACACAUGCACACACGUAUGUAUAUAUAUGUUUCUCACACACACAUGCAUAUAUUUAUAUAAGUUUCACACACACACAUAUAUAUUUAUGUUUCACACACACACACACACACACACACAUAUAUUUAUAUAAGUUUCACACACAUGCACACACAUAUGUAUAUAUAUAAGUUUCACACACACAUGCAUAUCUUUAUAUAAGUUUCACACACACACGUAUAUAUUUAUGUUUCACACACACACACACACACACAUAUAUUUAUAUAAGUUUCACACACAUGCACACACAUAUGUAUAUAUAUAAGUUUCACACACACACACGUAUAUAUUUAUGUUUCACACACACACCUGCAUAUAUUUAUAUAAGUUUCACACACACACGUAUAUAUUUAUAUAAGUUUCACACACACACACACACACUUAUGUAUAUAUAUAUAUGUUACACACACACACACACACACACACACAUAUAUUUAUAUAAGUUUCACACACAUGCACACACAUAUGUAUAUAUAUAAGUUUCACACACACACACGUAUAUUUAUAUAAGUUUCACACACAUGCACACACAUAUGUAUAUAUAUAAGUUACACACACACACACGUAUAUAUUUAUGUUUCACACACACACACGCAUAUAUUUAUAUAAGUUUCACACACACACGUAUAUAUUUAUAUAAGUUUCUCACACACACACACACACACUUAUGUAUAUAUAUAUGUUUCACACACAGAGACACACAUAUAUGAGAAACUGUGUUGUGUGCAGUUUAUUUUUAUUACUUAUUUAUGAUUUCCAAUUUUAUACAUUUCAAUAAUAAUAAUAAUAAUAAUAUAUCAUUUAUACCCCGCCCAUCUGCUGGGUUUCCCCAGCCACUCUGGGCGGCUUCCAACCGAAUAUUAAAAUACAAUACAGUGGUACCUUGGGUUACAGACGCUUCAGGUUACAGACUCUGCUAACCCAGAAAUAGUACCUCGGGUUAAGAACUUUGCUUCAGGAUGAGAACAGAAAUCGUGCUCCGGUGGCAUGGCGGCAACAGGAGGCCCCAUUAGCUAAAGUGGUGCUUCAGGUUAAGAACAGUUUCAGGUUAAGAACAGACCUCCAGAACAAAUUAAGUUCUUAACCCGAGGUACCACUGUAGUCUAUUAAACAUUAAAAGCUUCCCUAAACUGGGCUGCCUUCAGACGUCUUCUAAAAGUCUGGUAGUUGUUUUCUCUUUGACAUCUGGUGGGAGGGCGUUCCACAGGGUGGGUGCCAAUACCAAGAAGGCCCUCUGCCCGGUUCUCUGUAAAUUGGCUUCUCGCAGAGAGAGAACCGCCAGAAGGCCCUCAGCUCUGGACCUCAGUGUCCUGGCAGAACGAUGGGGGUGGAGAUGCUCCUUCAUUUUACCAUCAUUUUAACAUUUCAAAACUCAUCUUCCUUCCCCCUCUCUUUCUGCGGUUCCUUAAAUUUAGCACAGUAUUAAAUUCAUUACAAUAACCCAGGCAUGUGUCGUGCACAGCUUCAUUUAUUAAUUUAUGAAUGAAUGAAUGAUUUUCAGCUCUAUACAUUUCAAUCAUUUUAACAUUUUAAAACUCGGCUUCCUUCCCCCUCUUUCUGCAGUUUCUUAAGUUUAUUACAAUAUUAGAUUCAUUACAAUACCCCUGCCCUGUGUGGUGCUCGGUUUCUUUUUUAUUAUUUAUUUAUUUAUUGACGAUUUUCAGUUUUACACAUUUCAAUAAUUUUAACAUUUUGAAACUCGGCUUCCUGCCCGCUCUCUUUCUGUGGUUCUUUAACUUUUUAUAUCUUUUUUUCUGCAUAUCCAAAUGAACUUACUUUGCUCAUAUAGUCAUAUACUCAAACUGCAGGUUGUUACAAUGAUCAUGCCAAUGUUCUUAUGUGUUUAUUAUCUGUAAACCAUUUCCAUUCUUUUAUAAAAAGCUUAUCUUGUUUUCUUAUUUUUCUGGUAAGCUUCGCCAUUUCUGUAUAUUCCAUAUGUUUUUGUACGAACCAUAAGGGCAAUGGCAACUAAAAACGAUCUAAACUCUUAUCUUCAUGCGCCCCAUUAUAUUUUAAACUUAGAGUGGCCUAUGAACAUACACCUUAUUUUAAAGAAUUGACUUUUGUACAACUUCAGAAAGCUUUUACAGAGUUACGAUUAAAUACAAUAAACUCUGCUUAUAGAGAUGGGAGACACAGAGGCAUACCAACAAAUGAUUUUAUUUUUUUUAAUGAUAUUUAUUAAAAUUUCAAAGAAAAGAAAGAGAUUACAUUAAUAAGAAAAUUAACAAUAAAAAGGAAAAAUACAAAAUACAAAAUACAAAAAAAAGAAAAAACAGUUAAAAACAAUUCCAUCUUUUCUUCACUUCUCUUACAUUUACUUAUUUCCCGGACCUCCUCAUACCACCCUCUUUUGUAUUCCAAUUCAAUUUGUUAUAGGCAUACCAACAAAUGAACGUGUUUGCAUUAGGGGAUGAAGUACAGGACCUUAUGCAUUAUAUCUUGCGCUGCCCCUUAUAUAAUGAAGCAAGAGAACGAUUUUUAGCACCUAUAAUGACAAGGUCCCCUGGCCAGAACCCCUCUGACAUGAUUUUAUAUCUCCUCGCAGACACAGAUAAGUAUGUGACCUGGCGUGUAGCACUCUUUGCAACUGCCAUUAGGAAAAUUAGAGCAAAUUAUAUAGCCAAGGUAGCCACCAACUCUAAAGGAGAUGAACUUAUUUAACCCUAUCUACAUCAAGCUAUAUUCUAUCUUUAUCACCAAACUCCGAAUAUAAUUGCACAUUAAGUAACAUUAUUUUUUAAUAUAUUAAUGGCCAUGUGAUAAUUUUAGCCUAUAAAUUUUAUUGUUUAAUGUCUUAACCUGUAUAUUAAGGUACUUUUAUAGCUCUGUUUCGUGUAGGUAAUGUCUUGAUAAUAUAAAUGUUUUAAGUUUUUUUGUAUCAAGCCAGUAUAUUUUCUUUUAAUUGUUGAAUGAUUUUGUGCACAUUGCGGCAUCCUUUGGCUAUGUGCAAUAAAACUGACUGACAUAUGUUUUUGUAUCCACUCUCCUUUUAGCAGUCUUUUCUUGAAAGUGACCCACAUUGUGAACUUAGGAGAUUCAUGCCGUAUCAUAUUAUGGCUGUGUUCACACCAUACAUUUAAAGCGCUUGACUUCCCCCUAUGAAUCCCGGGAACUGUAGUUUGUUGAGGGUGCUGGGAAUUGUUUCUCUGUGAGGUGUAAACUAUUAUGGUUCCUAGGAUUCUUUGUAGGAAGCUAUGUGCUUUACAUGUAUGGUGUGCACCCAGCCUGUGGGUUUUUUAAAAUAUCUUUUAAAUUAAUUUUCACAUUUAAACAUUAUCAUCAUAUAAACCGUAACAAACAAAUACAAUUAAAAUAAAAAUAGAAAGUAAAACAUUUUCACACCGUAUUCAAUCCAUAUUUUGGGAUUACUUAGAUUCCUUGACUUCCCACCAUUUCCUCCCCUGGUUCUUUUAUAGUAUCUUAUAUUAUACAUGUCUAUAACUUAUUUAUCCUUAAUUUUUUCCGAUUUUAAGCAUUCUCCUUAAUAUUACAAGUGUUUUUAAAAACCUGCUAUUGUAUUAACUUCUUUACAUUGCUUUUGUAACUAUGCAAUAAACAUUUUCCAGGCUUUUUUAUAUUUACUUUCUUCUUGAUUUCUUAGUCUUCCAGUUAAUUUAGCCAUAUCAGCAUAUUCCAUUAAUUUAAGUUGCCAAUUUUCUUUAGUUAGGACUUGUUCUUCUUUACAAUGUUGAGCUAUCAAUAUCCGGGCUGCUGUUGCAUACAUAAACAAUUUUUAAAUAUUUUUUUCAGUAUAUCCAUUCCAGUUAUACCUAUUAAGAAAGCUUCUGGCUUUUUAACAAAUUUUAUUUUUAACAUUUUUUUCAAUUCAUUAUAAAUCAUUUCGCAAAAACUUUUUUUAACCUUACAUUGCCACCACAUAUGGUAAAACAUACCUUCUCCUUCUUUCACUUCCGGCACUUAAUAUCUUUUGUCUUAUGCAUUUUUGAUAAUUUAACCAGAGUUAGAGACCAUCUGUACAUCAUUUUCAUAUAAUUCUCCUUAAGAGCCAUACAUGUUGUAAAUUUUAUAUCAUUUUCCCGUUAUCUUUCCCAAUCUGUCAUCUGUAUAUUGUGUCCAGUCUGUGGGGUUUUUGUAUUCUUUUUUGUUUUUGUUGGGGGUUUUUUGCAUUUGCUUUGCAUUUCUGCAUUUUGUACACUGCAUGGAUAUAUGAUAAUGUGGUAUCAUAAUUAUUGAAUAAAUAGUAACAAUAAAUCAUUGUUUCCCCUGUCUCCUGCAGAAGCAUGCUGUGCAGACCACUGGGCCUGUAGCCCCUCCAUAGACCAUGUUCUCAGAGCAAGCUGCCCAGUCGGCUCAGAGCCUCCUGACCUCACCAUCUGCAGUGGCUUCUACCUUCGACCGCGUGCCUAUCUCCACAUAUUCCAACUGCUCCCAGAACUUCAGGCUUGGGGAGCGGACUUUCAAUCGACAGUAUGCCCACAUCUAUGCCACACGCCUCAUUCAGAUGAGACCGUUGUUGGUUGAAAGAAUCCGAGGCAAAUGGGGUAAGCAUGCCAUCAAAAAGAUGCCCUCCGGUGGUGGUGGUGGUGACACUUACAAACAGAUUUUUUUUGCAGGGGGUGGACUGGUAAAGAAUAGACCAUGAGUAGGCAAACUAAGGCCUGGGAUCCGGCCCAAUCGCCUUCUAAAUCUGGCUCACGGACGGUCUGAGAAUCAGUGUGUUUUGACAUGAGUAGAAUGUGCCCUUUUAUUUAUAAUGCAUCUCUGGGUUAUUUGUGGGGCCUGCCUGGUGUUUUCACAUGAGUAGAAUGUGUGCUUUUAUUUAAAAUGCAUCUCUGGGUUAUUUGUGGGGCAUAGGAAUUCGUUCAUUAUUUUUUUCCAAAAUAUAGUCCGGCCCCCCACAAGGUCUGAGGGACAGUGGACUGGCCCCCUGCUGAAAAAGUUUGCUGGCCCCUGGAAUAGACUCUCAGUACAUUUAGAGUAUGAAUACAUGCAUUCACCACUAGCAUCAGAGAAGAGUGCUGUCAUUUAUGGUUAGCUGAUUAUCGAGCCUACCUAGUGGCAGUGAAAGCAGCAAAGAAGGCAUACUUUGCUUGCCUCCAUUGCAUCCUCAUUAUGACAUCCGGCAGAGCUUUUCUGAGUUUGUGCGGGGCCUUUUACAGGAUGGCCCAAAGGAGGUGAUAGAACCAACAGUAGCUUGCUGUGACUUGUUUGCAAAGCAUUUUGAGGAUAAAAUUGCUUGCACCCACCAAGACCUUGACUCUGCUGUUAUAGCAGAUGAGUCUCAUGGGGUAUCCAGAGCACAGUCCACUCCUGUUGUGUUGGAUGAAUUUCAGUUGUUGAGGCUUGAGGUUGUGGAAAAGGUGCUCGGAUCAGUCAGGGUGGCCACUUGCACUCUAAACCCUUGCCCCUCUUGGCUGAUAAAAACCAUCGGGGAGGGAACAGCUGGCUAAGCCAGGGAGGUGAUGUUCCUGCCUGUUUGAAGGAGGCAUUAGUAAAACCGCUCCUUAAGAAACCUUCCCAGGAUUUGGAAAACUUAACUAACUACGGGCCCCUAUCUGGACAGGGAUAGCCUAACUACUGUUGUCAAUGCUCUGGUAACCUCAAGGUUAGAUUACUGCAGUUUACCUCCAUUCAUUCAUUAAUUCCACUGCUUUUACAUGUAUCUUCAUAACACGCCCACCAUUUCCCUAAAAAAAACCCCUCAAACCGGGGUAACAACUGUGGAUAACACUUUAAGGUUUCACACACUUCUCCCUCUCCUCUUCCAAAUUGGUACAACAACACUAGCUACAUUUUACCUGUGUUGUUGUUUAGUCGUUUAGUCGUGUCCAACUCUUCGUGAUCAAAGUAUCGCAAAAUUGCAGUAUGCUUUCAAGUUCUCCAAAACUUUUCAUCGAGCAAGAUGUUGCACAAAGCAGGUGGUGAGUGGAAUGAGGGAUUUUUCUUUUUAAAGUACAGCAAUUAGCCUGACUGUUGUAGCCAGGAAGCAACUCCUUUCUGAAUAAACACAUUUUGGAAUUAUAUUGUUAAGUGGUUUAAAGCUGCAUACUUUCACGUACCUAAGCCAUGACUCUGACCAUGAACCUCAUCUCUGAAUUAUUACUUUGUUCCUGUUGGGAGAAAUGGCUUGCUCUCUAGCCAAGGGAUUGCAAUGUCUAGCUCUCCAGCUAUGUCGGAAAACGGCUGAUAUUGCCAAAUCGUAGCGUGGAAAGAUUUGCUAACGGUGUCCAAAUGUGAGCUUUCAUGAGGCAAGUUCAGUUCAAGAAGUGAGGUGUUUCAGAUGCUUCACUUCGGUCCCUAAAUAAAUAGGGAAAGAACUGGCAGUUUUUCUUAGCGAGAGGAUCGUGGCCUUGACUAUUAAAAAGCUAACUGUUACUCCCACUCCUGUAACAGGUUAAACGCUUUAGCCUGGUGAACUACCAAAAAGUCCCUGUACCUCAUUCAUGCAAGCAAACUAAACCCAGCCCUUGUUUUGGUGAAAACAGCUGAGGUGUCAUAAGACUAUCUCUUUUUGUUUUGAUAUAAUACCCCCAAAAUACAAUCUUAUGUAAGUUUAAUGUGCACAGGGACAAGUAAGCGUGGAUAGGAUUGCAGCCUAAGACGACUGCACAACUCUAAGUUAUGACCUAUAAAGCCUUAAACAGCUCAGGACUGCAAUACCUCAAGGACCUCCCCAUAUGAACUAGCCUGGACCCUGCAGUCAUAAUCUGAGGCUCUUUUUCAUGUGCCUUCUCCUGAGAGGUCUGGAGGGCGGCAACACAAGAACGGGCCAUUUCUGUGGUGGCUCCCCAUUUAUGGAAUGUCCUCCCUGGGGAGGCUCACCUGGUGCCUUCUUUACAUACGUUUAGGCGCCAGGCAAAAACAUUCCUCUUUUCCCAGACCUUUGGCUAAUUAAACAAAUCCAUUUUAAAGUUUGUGGGUGGGGGUAUUGUUUUUGUUUGUUCCUGUACAGUGGUACCUCGGGUUAAGAACUUAAUUCGUUCUGGAGGUCCGUUCUUAACCUGAAACUGUUCUUAACCUGAGAUACCACUUUAGCUAAUGGGGCCUCCUGCUGCCGCCGCGCGAUUUCUGUUCUCAUCCUGAAGCAAAGUUCUUAACUUGAGGUACUAUUUCUGGGUUAGCAGAGUCUGUAACCUGAAGCGUCUGUAACCUGAAGCGUAUGUAACCCGAGGUACCACUGUAGUAUGUAUUUUUGUGUUUUUAUAUUGUAACCCACACCCCGUGAUCCUGGGAUAAAGAGUGGUAUGGGAAUAUAAUAAUGUUGCUAGAAUAAUAAUAAUAAUAUCCCUUUGGAGAGAAUGCAAAGAAAAAAAGGGUCAUUUCAAGUUUUAGAUAGAGUUUUAAUGGAAUUUUCACUGGUAGUCCACUAGAGUGCAGCAUUUACUCUUGUUUCCAUGGCACCUUGUAAAUUUCAACAAGGGAUGUCAAAGUUGGGGUUGCCUGGUCUGCAUAUGAAACGCGGUGCUGGUUCUGUUAGUGCUUCUGGGUCGAACACCAAACUUGAUCAGGGAUAUUUUGAUCCAGAUAUUCCAAGGUGGGGAGAGAUUCACGGAAUGAUCCUCCAUGCAACUUUUACUCUCUCAGAAAGCAGGUGGGAUCAACAUGUACUUCUGUUCGUAUUUGGUGAAACACUUCAGUUAGUAAGAAUGCAAUGUUUAGGCCAGUUGCACAUGGAGCCUUGGAUCCAGCCCCCUGUUUCAAGAGUUUCUCAGUUUGCUACUACUGAUGGUGGGAGGAGGGAGAACCCUGAUGGUAGCUUUCCACCCACACAGCGGUGUUCCCCUCCACUUAUGGUGACUAGCAGAAAGAGAGCCACACGCAACCCUAACAUCCCGUCCCCCACACCAGCUAUCAAGUUAGGAUUUGCACUCUUAGCUCCUGUAAAAAAAGCCAGACGUCUGAUCUGCCAUUGCUCUCUCGAAGGGAACAACGUUACCGUGAAGAAACUCUGUGAGCUGCAGCUGGCAGAGAAAUGCUGUGUGGUGGGGACGCUCUUCAAAUCUAUGCAGCUUCAGCCUUCCAUCCUGCGGGAAAUCAGCGAAGAGGUAACGGGAGGGUGAACUUGAGCUUUUAAGCUGUAUGUAUGAGACUGUAUAAGGUAAAGAGACCCCUGACCAUUAGGUCCAGUCCUGACCGACUCUGGGGUUGCGGCACUCAUCUCGCUUUAUUGGCCAAGGGAGCCGGCGUACAGCUUCCAGGUCGUGGCCAGCAUGACGAAGCUGCUCCUGGCGAACCAGAGCAGCACACGGAAAUGCCGUUUACCUUCCCGCAGGAGCGGUACCCAUUUAUCUACUUGCACUUCAUGCUUUCGAACUGCUAGGUUGACAGGAGCAGGGACCGAGCAAUGGGAGCUCACCCUGUCGCUGGGAUUCGAACCGCCAACCUUCUGAUCGGCAAGCCCUAAGCUCUGUGGUUUAACCUACAUUUCCUAUGACUGCACCAAGAUUAUCCUCAAAGCAGUCCUGUGGUUAGGCUGAGAGACAGUGAUUGGACUCCCAGGCCCUCCUGGUCUAGCACUCUAACCCCCAUACCGCAAACAGGCUUUCUUUUGCAGAGGUGGCUCUCUUGACUUUGCUACCCUUUGGCCCUCAUUGUCCCCUGUAUACUAUUUGGCCUGGCUGGGAGACAAACCCAGAGAGCUUCCAUUGGUCCACCUUACACAGCAUCUACAGUGACUGGCAGCGCCUCUCCAGGGUUUCAGGCAGGAGUCAUUUCCCAGAUCUACCUGCAGAUGCCUGGGAUUGAACCUGGGCUGUUCUGCAUUCAGACCAGCUGCUCUGCCUCUGAGCUACAGCCUUCCCCCCAAAAAGUCCGCUUUGCGGCUUGCAGCUGUCAUUCUUGCUGAACCAGCAUGCCUGGCUGGUCCCUGGGAAAACAAUCCCCCAUCUGGAAGGCUCCUUAAUCCUGCUGGCAGCGUGGGUCAAGCCUUUAGCGAGAAGCGAGGUCCUAGCUAGCUUCGGAAGGACGGUUGUUGAGUAAUAAGUUUUAACUCGCCCUGAUAAUGAACUCCAUUCAAGCAGCACUUCAUGAUUGCAAACACAUGCGCUGGAGCCGAACCACCAAAGCUUGGCUGGAGGAAGUUGCUGACCAGAUGAGUAACAUCACUUUUGGAGACGUUUCUAAAAGUCUUUUUUACUCGCCGCAGUCCCGGAUGCCAGCGGCCGUUAGAGGGGAAACAGCUUAUGAAUUAUUGUUUGCGCAUUUUAUUUCCCUUUUGGAAAAUAAGUACUUCUUGUCAUAGGAUGACUUUCCCUGGAUGGCAUGCUCUCUUCGUUGUUGUUGUUUAGUUUGUGUGAGUCAUGCUGUAGUGUAAUGCAUUAUUCCAGCCCGUCAGGUCCACAUAUUGUAAAAGCAUUGAGUUAAAACUCCGAAGCCUGUGAGCACUUUCUGAAGUCCUUUUGCAUGCUACUAGGACCAGUCUCUUCACCUCUGAACUUCUUCAAUGAUGCACAACUUAGCAGAGUAGUUCAGCUUUUCCUAGGCAACGAUCGAGACUGCUCAGUCAGGACAACGGUCAGGAACAAAGCUGAUGACUAGUAACUUGAUUUUGUAGUUUAUUAUAUACAGCAGUAAACUCUCAAGCUAUAUACAAGUUACUAUAUACAGACACAAACUUCAUCACUCUCCAUGCACUCCAGAAUACUCCUAACUAGCCGAACAAUGUCAUAGGUCAUGCUGCGUAUAUGAGAGACCUCAGCCAAUCACCGAGCUGUUACUAGGUCCUCUUAUUUCCAGGCAAAUUUCUCCCGUGUUCUGUCUCCCUAGCCUGUAGUCAAAACACUAAUUGCUCACUUGCCAAGCUGCGCGUAGACUAUGAACUCCAACAGCUUUUACCUGAAAUGGUUCCCUGCCACGUAUGUGGCUAUUUGGGAAGGAUUUUCAUGGGAAGGCACUGAAGGUUGGUGGUACAUCACCGAAGGUUCCUCAUUUGAUUGCCAGCCUCUAAGGAGAGCUGGAAAAGAUCCCUACCUGAUGCAUCACUGCUGGUCAGUAGGGCUGGGUGAUAUAUCAAUAUAUCAUCCAAAACCCGUUUGAAGUCCAUAUUGUGCUAUCGGUUUCAUAAGUUUUGACCUGGCAGUAUAUCGUGAAUCAUGAUGUAUGUGUGUGCUCUGCAGAAAUCACAAGAAAGGAAAAGCUGUGAAGCCAGCCAGUUCUUCUCUCAGUUCCUGCAGCCUCUGUUAACUCUGUCUGCUCAACUCUCCCCUGCCUCAUGCAGAGAGCAGCGAACCACAAGAACAGGCGCUGGCAAAAUUCACAAUAUGGGAGAAGCUGGGAAGCAGCCAGUGCUUCUACAUAGCUCUAUCUUUAUUUCAGACAUUGUGAUAUAUUGGUAUAUCGCGAUGUUCAGCUGAUGAUAUAUCACGAUGUUGAAAACCAGAUAUCGCCCAGCCCCAACUGGUCAGUGUAGGCCGGGAGGUGACUUAACCCACAGCUCAUGGGCCGGAUUCUGUUCUCCAAUUUUUUUAUCUGGCCACCAAAGAUCCUCAUAAUCUUUGCAGUGGCAGCAAACGUAUUUAAAAAAGAAAAACCUCUGCCCAGGUCAGCACCAUUAUGGAGCUGCAAACUGCUGCUUUCUCAGUCAUCAGGCUGAUCAUCUGAUGAUAAAGGCCCUGAUCCUUGCCACUAAUGAGCUUACUGCUGAACUGAGACUCUUGGAGCAAGGCCCAGCUUGCAGAAUGCAGUUUCUGUAGCGUCUUACGCAGGGGGAGGUGGUCACAAACGUCUCGGGGUUCAGGACCAUGAAGGGCUUUAAAUAUAAGAAACUUGGAUGAUGCUGGGGUUGCUGCAAAGCUAUUUUUCUCCCUGAGGCUAGCUUUACAUAGGAACAUCGGAAGCUACCUUAUACUGUUACGCCAGUGAUCGAUCUAGCUUAGUACUGAUGACACUGGUAGUUUCCCCAGCCAUAUGUGGAGACAAUGGGGUUUGAACCCAGAAUCUUCUGCAUGCAAAGCCAGUGCUCUGCUGCUGAACUUCGGCCCUGUAUACCUGAAGGAGUGCCUCCACCUCCAUCAUUAAGCCUGUAAACUGAGGUCCAGCUCUGAGGGCCUUCUGGCGGUUCCCUCAUUGCGAGAAGCGAGGUUGCAGGGAACCAGGCAGAGGGCCUUCUCGAUAGUGGUGCCCGCCCUGUGAAACGCCAUCCGGUGUCAAAGUUAUACACUGGUGCCCUGCAAGACGAAUGCCUCGCAAGACGGAAAACCCGCUAGACGAAAGGGUUUUCCGUUUUGGAGGUGCUUCGCAAAACGAUUUUCCUAUGUGCUUGCUUCGCAAGACGAAAAUGUCUUGCGAGUUCCUGCGGGGUUUUUUUCCUCCCCCCCCCUUUUUCCCAAGCCGCUAAGCCGCUUAACAGCUGAUUGGCUGAGCCGCUUAUCAGCUUAUCGUUAAGCCGCUUAACAGCUGAUUGCUAAGCCGCUUAUCAGCUGAUCCGCUAAGCCCGCUAAGCCGCUAAUACUGUAGCGCUAAUCCGCUAAACCGCUAAUGGGCUUGCUUCGCAAGACGAAAAAACCCGCAAGACGAAGAGACUCACGGAACGGAUUCUUUUCGUCUUGCGAGGCACCACUGUACAACCUUCUGUAGACAUCUAAAGUCAGCCCUGUAUCGGGGGAGCUUUUAAUGUGUGAUGUCCUGUUGUGUUUUUGUAUAUUCUGUGGGAAGCUGCCCAGAGCGGCUGGGCCAAACCAGUCAGAUGGGCUGGGUAAAAAAAAUUGAUGGUGAGCUAUGGCUCCAGAACUGUGUAGCUUCUGCUGCUUCCUCACAUCUGGGUGUUGCUUUCACAGCACAAUCUGCCACCACAGCCUCCCCGCACCAAGUAUAUCCACCAAUCAGAUGAGCUGAUCUUGGAAGACGAGCUGCAGCGAAUUAAACUGGAGGGAGCAAUUCGAACUGACAAGCUAGUGACAGGUAGGAUGUUUUGGGGCAGGACAGUCAUGGUAACGGGACCAGGGCAUGAUGUUCAAACCAACAAGCUACACAGCGCCACAUAGGAGUGCAGGAUUCAGCACUAACCCCAUGUCCUUCCCAAUCUGUCUCAUUGACUUAUAUAUCAUUACUAGGGCCAGUAAGUGUUGCUGCUUGGGACAAAGGUCAAAAUGAUGCCCCGCCCCCAUCCCAUGAACAGAAUCUGACUUUAUUGGCAGUUGAAUCUUGCUGCAGCGCUGACCCCAUUGUAUGAAAAGAGCAGCCCAUAGCUUUGGGGCAGUGUUAGAAACUGAAAUAUGAAAGCUAGGAGCUAAAUGGCACCUUAAGCCUAGGUUCUGGGAGCAACAAUGGAGUGUCUAGGCAUGCUUUUUCAUAAGAAGAAUACAAAGCUGCUAGUGAAUGAACUGCAGCUAAAAUAUUAUGUUCAUUUUUCACAUGGUCUGGUCCUUCCCUGCCUACCCCCCUAAUAUUCAUAAGAGGGUCUCUUCGCCAGUCUUCAGAGAGUAGCUGGAAGUGGGGAGGCAGAAAAAGGUCCUCCUUUCCUUCCACCCUUCCACUUUUCUCCCUGAGGCUAGCUUUACAUAGGAACAUCGGAAGCUUUAAUCUGAAGUUAAUCGGAAGUUUUAAUCUGAAAUCUUCGGCGCAGUACUGCACCCAGAGCUCAGAAACUGCUCGUGCUAAUGAAAUUCCCUGUUGCAAAAUGCACCGAGAACAAUGGGAGUUUCAUACACUGCUUUCGGGACACAGAGAGGACUUGCUUAGCAGACUCAAGGGGAACAGUUAUACUACAGGCACAAUAACAGUAUUUCUUAAUGUUUUGGUUAACGUUUCUACUGGAUUCGUACUGUAUUUUGAUGAUAUAUACUGACAUUUCGCUUGUGAUGUAAUUUGUGUGAGCUGCUUUUAGGUUUUGUAAUAUUAAGUGAUAUAUGUUAUUCAAAGGAAUGAAUGGUUAGGGGCUGCUGUCCCCCUUUGUAAGUGCUGCCUUAGUCAGCUACCUCACUCUUGCCUAAUGUUAGAGCCAGUCAUGGGAAUUACGUGGUUGGGGUGUGGGAGACUUGCUGGGUAAUUUGACAGGUAGGCAAGGUCUCUGAUUAACCCUUUUCUACCCAAUGAUUCUCUCCUGCCAGUUUCCUCCCCACAACACCAACACUUUAAAAAUCGUCCCUCCCCCUGAAUCUGGCUUGUGGGUUGGGUAAAAACACACCUGCAGAGGAAAUUGAUUUGGAGAGCUUAUUCACUUGAUAAUGCCAAAUGCCACAUUCAGGUUAUGUCUGCAAAUUCAGGUUUGAAGACAUCUGUUCCACUAUAAUAGGAAGCUCUGCCCCCAGAGUUCUUCAAAUUUUAUAACGAUUGGAAGGUGGAAAAGCAAGAUCUGGGUCAACUAAAGGAGGCAUCUGGCGAAUGAAAGUAAAGUGGUAUGGUUUGUGACCAACAAGAGAACUGAAAUUCAGGUGUCUUAUUCAGGAAAUCCCUUCCCAUCCUAUUUGCGUGUGAAACUGUAACACCUGCCAGCUUUCGACCAUUUAAUUAACGUUAUUCUCUGAAUCCUGGGAAGGGCGUGGGAUUCUAACAUAGUGAAGGAAAGGCUUCUUGGCCUCCUUAGCUCAUUUUGAGAUACCUUCUUACGGGAAGGAGUGAUAGCAAAAAGCUUUAGGAAAGGGCAAGUGAGCUUGUGCAACUAUAGGUGAGCAGUUUUCUGUGGAAGGCAUUUUUUAAAAACAACAACACUGUUUUUACACGGAAGACAUGAUGGGUUGAAGAGAGCAGAACAAGACCAUGUUAUUAAAGGCAAUGUGUUUCCCGCACAUCAUGAACAAUGAAGGUCUGUGCGUUGUUCAGGACAGGCUAGCGCUAAACUGUUGUAAUUACGACUCUUUCUUCUGCUGGGCCAGGAACCAUCCUCGCUGUCUACGGCUCGGAGACGGAUGAUGGCAGAUUCCUUGUUGAGGAUCACUGCUUUGCAGAUAUGCCCACCCAGCUGCCCAUGAUGGGGCCCAGCACAGACAGGUGAGACCGCCCAGAAGAUUGUCGUUGUUGGCAUAAGAAGAGCGUCCAGCCAUUCGGCAAGCUAAAAUAGUUCCUCCCCACCAAGCCAAUUCAUACAUACGUUUGUGUAUGAGGCAGCUGCUUCUGCCCUCUGCACUUCAGUUUUGUCCCCACUGGAAAUGGGUCCCUGGAAGGUUGACUAUAAUGGAACUAUCCCUCAGUCUGGAAAAGAUUACCUGCCCCUGACUUAAAUCAUGGAAGGUACAGGUGGAGCGCCAGUUCUUUUUCAGGUGUUCCAGUCCAGCUCUUAGGGCAUUCUGUAAAGGGGAAGCUCUCGAAAAAAUCUACAUUUUCAGGGUGCAGAAUUGAUGAAGGAGCUUUAUGAACAGUCUGCAGUUGGUAUAAGGAAGUCAAAAGAGGUAAAUGGGCAGUCAUUUUUCUAAAUGUAUUUGGGGGUGAGCACAAGUAGGCAUCUGCUGAAUGAUGCUUGAACCUGAAAAUCUUUUGGGACGGUUAGUUGUGCAGUGACAGAAGGUUAACAUCUUGGGCUGGAGGAGACAAGGGUCUGUAAUUUUUAAGAAAAAGUUUUAAGACUAUGCAUCACUGCUUUCCGAUGCUUUAGAACUGAUUCUGCUCUCAUUACGUCCUUUUGCUUCCAUCUUUAUUGCAUUCUCUAAGUCUAAAUUUGGAUUUUUUAAUGUAACACAAGUGUUUCUUAAUGCUUUAAAUAUGUUUUAGGACUCCUAUAAACCACUUCAGAGGCUUAUGUUUUGGCUGGGAAGCGAGAUAUAAAUAGCAAUAAUCAAAUUAAAGUAAUCAAAACCCACCCACCCAAAAAUUAUACAUAUAGGAAAUUAAUCCCAUCAGGAUAUUUGAGUUGUCGACAGGGGUGAAUUUAUGGCUGCAUGAUAAAGAAACCUUUUCUGCCCUUUCAAUACCCAAGUCUGCCAGUUUAUCUCCCAGGUCACUCUCAAGUCGAUAUCUACUGAUGUUCCAAGUCCAUUUAUUUAGCCUGUUUGGUUAGGCAAGCUGCCUAAUUUAUUUAGGCCUUGUCCACAUCUGAGUCUGCCGUUCAGGUCUGAUUUGGACUACCAUCAACCCUAAGCAUUGGCACUCAGUGGUGCUAAUGAGAGUUAUAGUUCAGAUCUUUCAGAGGGCACCAUGUUGGUUAUUCCUGGUUCAGCUGCUGCGUGAACCAGGCCCUUUAGUAUAGUGGCGUCAGUAAUUUUGAACAUUGUCCUAUUGAAAUCAGGCUGGCGCCUGCAACCCUGAUAUUUCGGCACACCCUGAAAACGUAAUUGUUUUGCCAAGUGUUUAUAAUUUGAUUUAGCGUUCGUCAUUUGUUCUGCGUUUUAAGAUCUUACAAUUUUAAGAUCUUAAGAUCUUACAAUUUUAUGGUUUUAUUUAUUUCAUAGUUUUAUGUGUUUCCCAAAAAUGUAUAUACUGCUUGAUUGUAAAGAAAAACGUUAAAGCAGUUUUGAUGUUGUUAUAUCAUCCACCUUGAUAUUUUUAUGUGUUGGUGGUUUGUAAACAUUCUAAAAAAUAAAUAAACCCUUGGCUUAUGGAAAUCUCAGGAGGAGGCAUUGCUCUGCUUUGUUAGGUUGUUGAGACUGUAUGGUUUUCAUUUGACUGCUUUCAAUUUUCUUGUAAUUUUUGAGGGCAAACAGAUUUUUCUCUCUCCCCCGAGACUCCCCAGAAGCCAAACAUGGGCCAUUUGUGCCCUAGCCUCAUUCAUUUGCAUUUUAUUUAUACAACAAUCUGUACCACACUUUUUCCCUUUCAAAAAGAGCCUCAUACAGAGCCCAAACUAGCAAUGUUUAUGGAAUGCCCUCCUGGGUGAGAUGCAUUUGUCUCCCUCAUUCUUUUUGAUGUUUGCUGUCCUGGGCUCCUUUGGGAGGAAGGGUGGUAUGCAAAUCCAAUAUAUAAAGAAAAUGAGCACAAUCAAAAUAGUGUUUAAAAAGUAAUGCCUUCAGUUGCUGUCAGGCGGCAGAGGAACCAGCCUCUAUGGCAGGUUGCCAGGAACAGAAAAGUCCUUACCGUCUACUUUUUAUUCAAUAUUUACAGAGAGAGGCUUGGAAAUGAGCCUCUUGGAAUAAUGGCGUUCCCCCAAGUAUGUCUCUCCUCUCCUUCUCUCGCACUUCAUCAUUUGUCAUCCCUUCUACGGGUGGCACUGAGGACCCUUUGCUUCUGAACCCUUUGCUCUCCUACUUUUAAGGCUCACCGGUUUCUGGGAGAUGGUGGGUCUGGAAUGCUUUCUACUGAUAACGUUUCAGCCAGCUGCUCAGGCUCUGCCCUCCUCGUCUCCCAUUAUCUCCCAACUUUUCCUCUCAUCUUCCCCUGAGCUGUGAUCUCCCUCAAACCCCUGUUGUAAUUCUGAACUGUCUUCUUCUUCUCUGGAAGGGUCAGGCUGGGGAGGAGGUCUCCACCAUUCCUCCUCUGCCCAGUGCCUGACAGUUGCCUAUGGAACACAGAUAGAUGGAGGAAGCUAACCUAACCUCUCAGCCAUGCUGGUUCCUCCGCUGCCUGCCUCUGAAGCCUGCAGCUCAAAGCACCCAUUCAGUGGCAUGACUUGCACCUCAAUCACUCAGCUGUUGGUUCUUCUUGUGCCUCCAGGUUUGUCUUGCUGGUGUCUGGCCUCGGCCUCGGUGGCAAGAGUGGAGAGAGUCUUCUGGGCAUGCAACUCUUGGUGGACAUGGUGACGGGGCAGCUGGGAGCCGAGGGAGAGCAGUGCAGCGCAUCUCUCAUCUCCCGUGUCGUUCUGGCAGGCAAUUUGCUCAGCCAGAAUACCCAGAGCCGAGACGCCAUGAACAAGGUGAAGACCUAGGAUGCAUUCUGCGCGGGCCUAUUUUAUACCCUGCCUUUCUUCCUCUGUGGAACCUGAGCAUUCCCAGGCGGUCUCCCAUCCAGGCACUGACCAGACCGAGACCAGCUUAGCUUUAGCAAAGUAGCUAUUCCAGUGCCUUCAGGCCACGCCCUGAGCCCAUUGGUAGUGUUGCUAGGAAGCAGUUGACUCAGUGCUUCCAAGCUAAGGUCUCAUGAUGCAUUUCUUGUGGCAGGGAACUGAUAGUCAGAUAAAUACGUAGAUCCAACUCACAAGGUUGUGCUAGCGUAGCAAGCAAUUCAAUUCAUUGUAUAUAUAGCCAAAGACCUUCACAACAGAGGGCAAAAGCAAGGCAUUCCUCUAAAAUCGCACGACGUAAGUCUUAUAAAAGUCUACAGCAUGUCAAUUUAAAAUUACAAUACAUUAAUGUAACGAGAGCGAAGCUUAUUAGCUGCCACAGCAAAUUUGGCUACCAGAUGUGUAAUUUGUAGAUAUUUAUUGGCUAAGAGUUCAACUAUCAACUGUUUUCUGCCAGUGUAAGGAUUUCUGCUUGCGCGACCUAACUUCCACCGUCUCGUCCCCCCCAAAUGCCCCCAAAAUCUGUGUUUGGGGUUCCCCCAACUCUUCUUUAUUUUUUUAUGUUGUGAACCACCUUGAGAUCUGUGGAUGAAGGGUGGUAUACAAAUUUAGUAACUAAGUUAAAUAAAUAAACAUUUUACCUUCCCUUCAUAAACUAAGUGCAACCAUCAAUGGCUCGGUUAUCCCACUAGAUUUCCUCAUCCCAUUAAAGCUUUCAUUCUCUCUCUUCUUUGGCUGACCUUCCUGCAUGAUCUCAUUCAGGCAAAGUACCUGACCAAGAAGACUCAGGCUGCCAGCGUGGAAGCUGUGAAACUGCUGGAUGAAAUCCUGCUGCAGUUGAGCGUGAGUGCUAUUUUCAGAAGUGAGGUGGUGGUCAGGAUCUCUCUCAGUCUAGGGUGAAGCCCACGUUCAUGCCUGGCUAGCGAUUUCUCGGUCAAGGGAGGAAAAUAAUUUGAGCUUCUUGCAGGUUGCUGCUAAGAUAUUAAUAUUAGGCAAAUCAAUAUUAAAUACUUUCAAGGUUUGGGUAUAUUUUUAUAUAUAUAUAUAUAUUUCUGUGCUGCUUUUUAGCCUCAUAUAGGGUUCCUAAAGUGGCUCACAGUACUAGCAAAACAGUAACGAGAAAUCAAUUUGCAAGAAGUACCUUAUUAAAAAUAGCAGUAUCGUAAAUGUUAGAGGAUCAGAAGGACAUCUAAUCAAAGCAGGUUUAAUGAUCUUUCUGAAGCAUGGAUGGGGGACAUUUGACUCUCCAGAUAUUGUCAGACUCCAACUUCCAUGAGACCCAGCUAGCAUAGUUGAUAGUCAGGAAGGGAUUGUGUGAGUUGAAGCCCAGCAGCAUUUGAGGUGCAGACACAGGGUCCCUCUCCCUGUUCUAAAGACAGGACAGGAAGUGGCUGAAUGAGCCUCUCGAGGGUCCCAAUUACUUGCCAAGCAUUCGUCACAUAGCAGUAGGAAUCCAAGGAGAGCUUCCUGGGGAGAUCUUAAUAGGUGGGCAGAAACUUGCAGGAGCAGGUGGUCCUUUAGGUACCCCAGAUCCAAACCAUAUUGGUCAGGGAUGGGGAUGUUGCAUGGUCCUCUAGGAGUUGUAGGGCUACAACUCCAGGAGCUGAUAAGAGUUCCACAAUAGUUGGAGAGUCGCAGGUCCCCAAGCCUUGCUGUAAGGCAGGUCAUAUUAUUAUCCGCCACACUGCAUAUGGGUGGACAGAGGUUGAAAGAAAUUGGUCAGUCUACGGGCAGUGACCACCAUCGGCCACGGCGGUUGGGACUGAUGGACGUUGGAGUCCCAACAAGGUUGGAAGGGCCACGGAAGCCCCAUCCCUGGUAAUAGGGCAUUAAAGGAAAGAGCACUUCAGAACGGGCUUGGAAACACAAGCCAAUGCAUGUUAACACUGUGACAUGCUCCAAAUAAUGGACCCUUGUGAACAGCCGCGGCAUCUGAACCAGCUGCAGUUUCCAAGCCACCUUCAAAAUCAGUCCUGCAUGUAAAACACAGUGCAGUAAUCUGGAUUUAGUGACCAGGCUACAGGGUGUAGAGCUGUAGGAUUGUCAUGCUGAGUGUUCCCUCUGAGCACAUGCUGAGCACAGGAAUUUGUUUUCAGUAUCAGAACUGAGGUCACGGUCCUGCUGCACGGAAAUCCACUCCUGGUUUUCAUCGUAAGCUCCCUUCACCUCAGCAGCUUAAUUUCCAAUGGGGGUGGGGGAGCUUUUCAUUGUUGGCUGUUGUUAAACAAUUGGGAUUCAUCAUAAAUGCUGGUCUACUGCAAUUCAGAAAUGAACUUGUAGAUCCCAGUCUACCCACUCCUCUCAGAGCCUAGCUUCUUUCCUUGUUGCCUCUGCCCAGCAAGGGAGCUCUUCUUGGGCCUGACUGCCUGCCCACUUUGCCCUUACAGAUGUCUGUACCUGUAGAUGUGAUGCCUGGUGAGUUUGAUCCCACCAACUACACGCUGCCUCAACAGCCGCUGCAUCGCUGCAUGUUUCCCCUCUCGAGCGCCUACUCCACGCUGCAGCUGGUGACCAACCCCUACCAUGCCAACAUCGAUGGCGUCAGGUAAAGGCAGUUUUCCUAACUCUUAAGGGAAGCACCGCUGCUGCUAAUCAGCUUUCAGGUGUUCAGAGCACUUCCACGUGUAUUGAGCCAGCGUGAUCUAGGGGUCUUCUGAGUAAGGUGACACAAGGACUGCCAUUAACUUGGGAAAGGAGACAGGCAGACAGGUGCUGUGAACUGAUAGGCUGGGGAAAGUGGGCUCCAAUCUUGCACUCUGCUUCCUGUGAAGCUAAUAAUAAUAAUAAUAAUAAUAAUAAUAAUAAUAAUUAAUAAUUAAUAAUAAUAAAUGUAUUAUUUAUACCCCGCCCAUCUGGCUGGGUUUCUCCAGUCACUCUGGGCAGCUUCCAACAGAAUAUUAAAAUACAAUAACCUAUUAAACAUUGAAAGCUGCCCUAAACAGGGCUGCCUUCAGAUGUUGUCUAAAAGUCUGGUAGUUGUUGUUCUCUUUGACAUCUGGUGAGAGGGUGUUCCAUAGGACGGGUGCCACUACCGAGAAGGCCCUCUGCCUGAUUCCCUGCAACUUGGCUUCUCGCAGUGAGGGAACUGCCAGAAGGCCCUCGGCGCUGGACCUCAGUGUCCGGGCAGAACGAUGGGGAUGGAGACGCUCCUUCAGGUAUACUGGACCGAGGCCAUUUAGGUGUAGUGGUUAAGAGCGGUAGUCUCGUAAUCUGGGAAACCGGGUUCGUGUCUCCGCUCCUCCACAUGCAGCUGCUGGGUGACCUUGGGCCAGUCACACUUCUUUGAAGUCUCUCAGCCCCACUCACCUCACAGAGUGUUUGUUGUGGGGGAGGAAGGGAAAGGAGAAUGUUAGCCGCUUUGAGACUCCUUAAAGGGAGUGAAAGGCGGGAUAUCAAAUCCAAACUCUUCUUCUUCUUUAAAGGUCAGCACCAGCACUUUGAAUUGUGCUCGGAAACGUACUGGUGUCCGGCCAGUUGCUGCCUCUCAGCCUACCUCAUAGGGUUGUUUUGCAGAUAAGGAGAGCAGGGGAAUUUGGGAACUCAUAUAUGCCACCCUGAUUCCUUGAAGAAAGUGUAUUAACAGACUCUUUGGUAUUCUAGGGUUUGAUUUCUUCAUUCAGCUUUAACAGUUCCACUUCCCUCCUCGAUUUUAGGUUUUUAGGGACUUCGGGCCAGAACAUCAGUGACAUCUUCAAGUAUAGCAGCAUGUCUGACUAUCUAGAAAUCCUGGAGUGGACCUUACGGAUUGGGCAUCUCAGCCCCACAGCCCCAGACACACUUGGUAACUUCAUCAAGGGAAUCUCAUGCUGUGUGGUGAUCCAGCCGACUCUAUUUUUUUAUGGGGGGGAAGACCAAUUUUAUUUUAGUCGGCUAUAUAUGAAUAAUUUCUGUUACAAUUUUAUAUUGAUUGUUUUUUAAUGAUUGCGUUGUUUUCUUGAUCUGGGGGGGGUUGCCCCAAAUUUUUAUUAAUUUUCCAAAUUAUUAGAAAUCGAACCAAAUUACUUUAAUACAAUUUCUUAAAAUCAGGUUUCCUGUUCCUUUUGCAAAACAUGUCGAUUCUGAUCUGUGUUUUUAAUAUGUAUGUGGUUAUAGUUCAUUCAUAGACAUGAGCUGCUUUGGGUGUUCUGUGAGCAGAUGAGUAUAUGUAUAGAAAUGCAAUACCUAUAUAUGAAUGAUAAAUAAUUUAUUAGUUGGCUUCUCUCUCUCCAGUUUUGGCUACAUGAUAGAAAUCUAGCCCUUUAAAAAACGGGCAAGGAAGAAGACAGUGGUCUUCAGCUAGCGGCAGUUAUCAUUAACAUGUUCACUUCUUUCCCCAAAACACAUGAUUUUGGGUUGUGUGUAGAUGGUCAGGUCCUACCAGCCACCAAAAAUCUUGGGUCCUCCCAGAUUUUUCGGUUUCCUAUGUCUUUUACUUCUGUCUGCUGAUGGGCCAUUCCUUUAAAGGCACCCGUUUCCUUGUUUUUCAGGCUGUUACCCAUUUUACAAGACUGACCCCUUCAUCUUCACUGACUGCCCUCACGUCUAUUUCUGUGGGAAUGCACCGUCCUUCAAAUCCAAGGUUGCUGAAGGUAAGGCAGUAAAAACCUGGCUCCCAAGAAAGGUCCAGACCUUUAGUCUGUAUCCUUUCUGACUUGAGACCUAUUCAAAGCUCCUUCAUUCAUAGCGAGUUCUGCAAUAAUGUUGGUGUGUUUUCACAUCAGAGUUUUGGUCCUUGUUCACUCUUGUGCAACGUAAGACUAAAGAAAUGUAUACUGGGAUUAUAGGAUCAGCCUGAGAUGUUGUGUUGUUGUUUUUUUACCAGGCACAAAGUGCUCUUGUAAUACAAAUUGAGUUCUGCUGGAAAAUUUGCCUAGGCAAAAAAGGCUGCUCGUAGCCACUCUUAUGUGUUGGAUCUCAUCCAACUAUAGCACUAGGCAGGUUUACCCACGACUGGUGUACAGGCCCAGUAGUUUUUUGGAGAGUGUUAUGAUGUGGAUGGGAUGCUUGUUUCUGUUUAAUUCCUUCAUGUUGAAGUAAUAAUUCUAUUGAAUUUCUGUCCACUUUACAGAGCCAGUACUUAGGGUGGUAUUCAGAGAAGAAUUUCUGUUCGUACAAGGGCUUCUGGCGGAGCAAGUGGAACUUCCUCUCCUCUUCCCAUGUCGCCCCUAAAUCUGUUCUGGGGCAGAUUUGGGGAGGGCACAGGGGUGUGCAAGAAUGCGGGGAGGGGCUGUUCCCUUGCACAGCCAGCUGCCUUUAUGUUAAUAGAACUGCUUUGUUGGAUAUCACUGCUCAUCUUGUAUAUAAGGAAGCUUGCUUGUUCGUUCUGCUCAGUAUUGUCCAUUCUGACUUCCAGCAACUUUCCAGGAUCUCAGGCAAAGUUCUUUCUUGUCUCUUGUAGCUUCAUCCUUCUUAACUGUAGAUGCCAGGGAAUGAACAUGUUACCUUAUGCAUGAGCAAUGGACCACAAUACCAGGCCCUUCUGAUUCAUUUCAUUAAUUAGUUUUCCUUUCCUGCCUUGCCAGGUGCUAACGGUCAGAAGGUCUUGCUGGUGACCCUCCCUGAUUUUGCCACCACACAGACUGCUUGCUUGAUCAAUCUACGUGACCUCACCUGCCAACCAGUUAGUUUCUCUGCCUUUGGUGCCAAUGAAGAGGAGGAGGAGGAUGAGACAGUAAUAGAGACUGGACACUGAGAGACAUGUUUGAUAUCUUACUUCUUCCCUGGAGCUUGGAGCCAUUGUUGUCCCCCCGCCCAUGAAAUUUCCUGGAUAUUUGAACCUAUGGUUCGUACAGAGGAAUACAGUGAAAGAUAUCAUCCAUUUACUUGCUUGUGAAUUCCCUGCAGUUUUUUCACACACAAAUAAAUGCAGAACUUGAAGUGCUUCCUUUUUAUAUAUAACUCACUUUAUUCAUAUAACAAGAACUGUUGGAAAGCCAAAAGUGAUCAAGGUGGCACUAGACCUGCCUCCUGGGCAGCUGUGGCCUGGGUGCCCUGUAUUGCUGAACUUGGCAAAUUUCCAUUUCCCCUCCCUUGGCUGCUGAAAUUGACAGGCUUAUUAAUGGGAAAACUGCAACUUUGGUUAGAUCAGGGUGGGGGAACAUGCAGCUCUGUAGCUGUUGUUGGGAUACCAAGUCCCAUCAUCCCUGACCACUAACUAUCCUAGCUGGGGCUGAUAGGAGUUGGAGUCCAGCAGCAGCUGGAAGGCCACAUGUUCCCCACUACAGGGUGAGAAACUAGCUGGAAUAACUGUUAGAAGAUCGGACUGUACCUUUUAAUAAAGAAUCUGGUAGUUCCCAUGGAAUCUUGGACAUUGCUUUGAAAGCUAUGAAGAUUCUAUCCCUUAUGGAGAAGAAAACCUUGGGCAGGGGAGUUCAAUUAUCAGAAACGUUUAAGCUUGGCUGGCACGAUGUACUUGGAGCCUCAAGUGGUACAUCUGUUGCCGCCCUUCGCUCCAAUAUUGUAAGAAUAUUGUUCCAAAGCUGGAACAAGCCCUCUGAAUUCUGCACACACCCUUUCCCAAAAAUAAAGGCUAUGAUCCAGCACAGUGAUGCAAUACUUGCAACCUACAGAUUUUUUUUAAAGAGACAAGUGCAUAUGCAACUGUGUACUAAAUUGUGGCUAAGG